GUUAAAAAGUCAAUCGUUAACAUCGCACCUGACAGCCGGCUUAUGGAAUGGAAGAUCCUGAGACUCGGGACUCGACCACCUGCAAACUCAAAUCGAUAACAAGGGCUAGAUUGAUUUUAAUUGUCAAUUAAUUAUAUUUUGCUCGAGGAAUUGGGCUGUAAAUAUUUUUUUUAUCGACGCCUUAUUUACCACUGAAACGACUCGAUGCACGGAUGUUGUUGUGAUAUGGGCUAUGCUGACCCACAACAACCAUUCUGAACAGCGCAUGAAAAGCCUCGAGGACUGAAUUUUCUCUUUCUUUUCUUUUUUUUUAUUAUCUGAGGACUGGACCGCCAUCUCAACCUAACCUAAUAGGCUAUUUAUGGCAGGGUCAUGCAUCGUGGUCUUAAUGUUGUUACAGGGCUGUUGUUAUAAUAAUUAGGCCUAUAAUAAUAAUAAUUAUUAUUAUUAUUAAUAAUAAUAAUAUUACAGGAUGGCUGGUGUAUUCUUAGCCUAUCCCAGGCUACAUGAACGCUUCUCAUCAUGAAGUAGCCUAGUCUAGCUGGCAUCGCUAUUCGCUCAUUUUGGUGACGGGAAUGGAAGAGAUGUUACCGCCUGAAUCCACACGGAUUUCAUUACAGUUAAUUCGUGGCAAACAGGCUAUGAGAAGCGAAAGAUUCUAUCAUAUUAGAAGAAACAACAUUUUAAUCGUUGUGCUUGACUGAAUUGUGUAGCCUAGGUUUGAUAGGUUUUCUGGCAUUCGACAUCAUCGUCCAGCUGAAACAACACAGAACGCCGUGACAGUAGGAGCUCAUUGUUUGCAUCGCUAAUGAGAAAAUGUCACCCUCUGGUCCAGAUCAAGCCUUGUGUACAUGAAGAUUUUGCAUCAGUUACAAGGCUAGUGGUCCUAUGGACAGGAGGGCCAUUGUUAGUAAAUGCCCUACAUGGUCUUACUGUUGGAUGUAUAUUCAGGAUGUCAGUUGGCCGAGAGGGAGCAGUUUUAAUGCUGCCGACAUCAUAAAUGGGGACACACAGACUGUGUGCAAUUAAAAACAUCAAGCAGCCAUCCAGCGUGGAAAAUUAUCUGACAGUCCUCUGUCAUUUGACUCCUCUGUGAGUUUUGCAUCCAGUGGGCUCUGCAUGGAUGGUUUGUGUGAGUUGACAGAGGAAUCACCCCAGCUGUCGAGACCCCACCGCUGACGACCGGUAGCCAUGGAGCCCCAUACUAGACUGAGUAGCAGUGGCGACGCUGCCACACUGCCCUGCGCCAGUUGUGGGGGGUGCUACCACCCACCGACCUCCUCCUCCUCAAACUCAUCAGGGCCCCCAAACAUGACCGAGCCACCUGGCUUUGGUGACACAGAGAACGGGAACAGCUGGAACUCCUCGCGGAUGUCAUCCUGCAGCUCCCCGGACUCGCACGUCCACCCGCCUCCCGGAGAGAGAGCCCCAUUCUGGACAGCGGUGUUUGACUACGAGGCCACGGCAGACGAGGAGCUCACACUACACCGUGGGGAUUUGCUGGAGGUGCUCUCCAAGGACGCGAAGGUGUCCGGAGAUGAGGGCUGGUGGACAGGUAAGAUUCAGGACAAAGUCGGCAUCUUCCCCAGCAACUACGUGACGCGGCGGAGUACCAGCUACCCUAAGCUGCCACCCGAACAUAUGCUGGUGUGUGGGGAGUGCCCACUGGAAAUUGACUUUGCAGAGUUGAGCUUGGAGGAAGUGAUUGGCGCCGGCGGCUUCGGAAAGGUGUACAAAGGUAUGUGGCGCGGGGAGGAGGUGGCCGUGAAAGCCGCCAGGCAGGACCCGGACGAGGACAUCAGCGUGACGGCGGAGAGUGUGAGGCAGGAGGCCCGUCUCUUCUGGAUGCUGAGGCAUCCCAACAUCAUCUCCCUGCGUGGCGUCUGCCUGCGGGAGCCCAAUCUCUGCCUGGUGAUGGAGUACGCCCGCGGCGGAGGCCUGAACCGAGCACUGGCAGGCAAGAAGGUGCCACCCAGGGUGCUGGUGAACUGGGCCGUGCAGAUCGCCACGGGGAUGGACUACCUUCACAAUCACACUAUUGUUCCUGUCAUCCACCGAGACCUCAAGUCCAGCAACAUUUUGAUUCUGGAGCCAGUGGAGAGGGAUAACGUAUGGGGGAGGACCCUGAAGAUCACCGACUUUGGGUUGGCACGGGAGUGGCACCGCACCACCAAAAUGAGCGCAGCGGGUACCUACGCUUGGAUGGCACCAGAGGUCAUCAAGCUGUCUCUCUUCUCCAAAAGCAGUGAUGUCUGGAGUUUUGGGGUUCUGUUGUGGGAGUUAUUGACGGGAGAGGUUCCGUAUCGGGAGAUUGAUGCUCUGGCCGUGGCCUACGGUGUCGCCAUGAAUAAGCUAACGCUUCCAAUCCCAUCCACCUGCCCAGAGGCCUUCGCACACCUGCUUGAAGAGUGUUGGAGCCAUAACCCUCACAGCCGCCCUUCCUUUGGGAGCAUCCUGAAGCGGCUGCUGGCCAUCGAGCAGUCAGCUAUGUUCCAGAUGCCUCUGGAGUCUUUCCACUCUCUGCAGGAGGACUGGCGGCUGGAGAUCCAGCAGAUGUUUGAUGAGCUGCGGGCAAAAGAAAAAGAGCUCCGCUCGUGGGAGGAGGCGCUAGCCCGGGCAGCGGAGGAGCAGCGGGAACAGGAGGAGCAGCUCCGGAAGAGAGAGCAGGAGCUGGCCGAGCGCGAGAUCGACAUCGUGGAGAGGGAGCUGAACAUCAUCAUCCACCAGGUGUACCAGGAGAAGCCACACGUCAAGAAGCGCAAGGGCCACUUCAAGAAGAGCCGCCUGCUCAAGCUGGGCCGAGACAGCAACAGCAUCAGCUUGCCCUCUGGUUUCGAGCACAAGAUCACUGUGCAGGCCUCGCCGAGUGUGGACAAGAGAAAAGCGCAGGGGAAAGCUGAGACCACCACUCCUCCAGCCAGCCCAGGAGUCAUCCCUCGCCUCAGGGCUAUUCGCUUGACCCCCUGCGAUGGCAGGAAGACCUGGGGCCGCACGACUGUGUGCAAGGAGGAGGUGGUGAACAGCAAGAAGAAGGGCCGGACCUGGGGCCCCAGCUCGACCCAUCAGAAGGAGAGAGUCGGAGGGGAGGACAGAUUGAAGUCCCUUGGCGAGGGAUGCAAGACAUGGUCCUCCAGUGCCCCAAAUCUUGGGAAAUCCCCAAAGCACAUUCCCAUGACAGCUGGUUUUUCCAGCUUAAAUGAAAUGGAGGAAAACUGCGAGGACACCUCUCCGUCUCAGCUGCAUCUGGAGGCCAGCAGUAACGGCUCCACAGCCUCGGCCACCGGGGCCCAGGGCUCUGUCCAGCGCUGCAGACACCACAAAAACAGCAACCUGCUGCUGCUGGGCUGUGCCUCGGUGCUGGCCUCCGUAGCUCUGGGACAGGACCUCCUGCAGCUGGGACGUCUGCAGGUGAGUCAGGAUGAGCAGGAGGCCCGUGAGAAGAAGAAGGAGGGUCUGUUCCAGCGCACCAGCCGCUUCCGCCGUAGCACGUCCCCGCCCAGCCACACGCUCUCGCUGUCCCUCUCUCAAAGCCAUCACCACGACUCGGCCCUGGCCUGCCUGGACCCCUCGCCCUCCGUCACCCUCCUCUCCCUCUCCUCGCUGUCCGACUGCAACUCCACCAAAUCCCUUCUGCCCUCCGACCCCGACGACCACCUGCUGCCCUCGCCGGCCCUGCCCGUGGUCUCGCCCACGCCGACACUCAACCCCCUGCUGGACCUGCGGGCCGAGAGCUUCAAGCGCGAGCCCAAUCAGUCGCUCACGCCCACUCACGUGUCGGCCGCCAUGACCCUGAACCGCAAGCACCGCCGCACGCCAUCGGACAGUGCCAUCGGGCCGAGGGUUCCGCCUGUGGUGCUUCAUCGGCGCACUCCAUCUGACGGCAGUGUGUCCAUUCCCCCCACGCAAGCACUGAUCACCGCAUCACACACAGGACCCCGUGGCACUUUCAAGAUGCCCCAUUUACCCGACCCCUCCAGCCUAUUCCCGUCAGUGCCUCGUCGCAAGCCUCUGACUCUAGCGCCUCCUCCUCCUCCUCCGCCGGCAGCGGCAGUCCACCACCACCACCACGAGAGCCUGUCCGGCACGCCCACCCUGGAGAGGCCCACCACGCUGGAGUUCGUGCCCCGUCCCCGGCCGUCGUCUCGGGCCCGCCAGGACCCCUGGAAGCUGGCGUCCUUCUCGCGGACACUGAGCCUGUCACCUGGCAGCAGCAGCGACAGCCUCUUGGGCUCUGGAGACAGCAGUGUGUGCGCUGCGCAACAGACGCUCCUGGACAUGGACAUGGAGGGGCAGAACCAGGACAGUACCCUGCCCUUGUGCAGCCAGCACCCCCCUCCCACUCUCUGUGGACAUAAUUUCUCUUAGUCCCCUAACUCCCAACCCCUCAAUCACAUACACACACACCUUCAAUCCCGGUCCCCCAUAUGGAUCCUCUAAGGGGCCUACUUGUUGUUUCUUAGAAUAUAUUUCUGUACUCCGACUCAGAUAGACUCCGGUGGACUCGACCGAAGACGUGGAUUCAUGCUCUCUUAUGCAACAGUGAUAAGGACCUUGAGAGUCUUUACUGUGUGUGCAUAUUUUUACAUUUAUUUAAUGCCUGUAAGUGUGUGUGUGUGUGUGUGUGUGUGUGUGUGUGUGUGUGUGAAUAUAAGAAUGGAUGUUUUGACUGAUAGGGCAUUUGUCAUUGCAAUCUGUAAUAUAUCCAAAUGACUGUCAACAUUGAUGUGUAAUAUAUUCACAUGGCUGUCAACCUAUAGAUAUUCUUUAGAUGUAACUAUAAACAUAAAUUAUUUAAUUUUUACCUUUUUUAUUUUGAAAAAAGGACCUACUCAAACCUAAUUUACAAAGCACAAGCUCUCUCGCACCAAUACCAAAUAGGACUGAGGUUCUAUUUCCUACUAUUUCUGGACUGUGCAGAGGCCUUCUUAUUUUUCUUAUGAAUAUACAUGAUGUGAAUAUGUGCAUCUAUAUGUUGGGAAGCAUGCUUAUUUGUGUGAAUAUCAAGUGAGUAGCAUAGCACAUCCAUUAGUUUUCAGCAUCCUCUCUGUCAGAGUAUUCUAUCCUUCUCAUGCAGCUAUAUCUAUCUCUAGCCCACUCUCUUUCUUCUGCUCUCAAACAGUUCUACAGUGAAAAUCACACAGAGGAGGAAUUUGGGUUUUUUCAACAUCAACAUCUACUACCUGCUUUGUCUGAACAAUCCGUAGCUAUUCACCUAUUUAAUAGAACCUCAUUACUCAUCAUUAUGCCAUUAUUAUGUCCUCAUGAGGAUGGGAAGGGUCUGGACUAACUACAAGCCAUCCAUGAAUACAAUCAACCGCUGAAGUGACUCUGAAGGAUGGAGUGGACUUUUACGCUGACAGACGCAAUACCAACAUACAUCCUAUUCUUUAGGAGAUCAUGCACAGAGCUAGAAAUGGCUGAAACAUUUUUAUGCGGCGCUGUUUGUAUUUGUCCGCUGUAUGCUUGUGGUGUGUGUGUGUGUGUGUGUGCGUGUGUGUCUGUUUACUAUGGGUAUUUGGAAACUAUGAUGCUAUGUGAAGGAGUGAACUAGGCCCAUUCUUGUAUUUUAUGUGUGAACGGCCAUGGUAUUUAUUAAAAUAACUGUUACCUCUGA